AUGGGAGACGCAGCAGACGAAACCGAGACCGACGAGCCGGACGACCUGCCCGAGACUCAAGGCCCAGCAGUAACGGUUGCCCACGCGGCAGAGAGACUUAUCGCCAACCAGAUGGAAGCACAACAGGCAAAGCUGGCCGUCUUCCGCGCAUUCUGCACCGCCUUCGACAAGACGGCUGCCCAGUUCAACUCGGGCCACGAGCUCAGCUUCGCGAAGGAAUUCUCGCGCGGCUUCAUUAGCUACUGGGACGACGCGCUCAACGGCGCGCCCACACGCGCCGGUCAGAAUGUCAACAACCGCCACGGCAGAGACGGGACCGCACCGACCUACGCCGCUAUGGCCCAGAAGGGGAUGGCACAGACAAGGGCUCCCCUGCCGGCACGCCUCGGCCCGAAGCCCCGGAAGGCGCCUCCGGUCCAGCCGCCUAAAGAUGACCUGCGUGUCUUCGUGCGGCUCGACGACAAGUCCCCAGCAUGGGGCUAUCAGGGGCAUGCCAUCAGAGCUCACGUAGCUAAGACUCUCAACCUAGGGACAGAACGCAUGCCACAGAUCGCCCGGGUUAAGACUGGAUGGGCUAUACGGGCCUCAGACCGGGAGGCGAGGGACCUGCUUGUGGAACGGCAGGACGACUGGGCGGCCCGCCUCGGGGCCGUGGCGGGUGAAGGGGUUCAGAAGUGGCACACGUACGCUGUGGCCGACUGCCCCAGGCAGCUCACGGAUAUCUGGGGGGCCGCCGUGGACUAUGACCAAGCUAUCAAAGAAGAGAUCAAGCUCCAGACAGGUGCCGAACCAAUUGAUGUGCACAUUGCUAAGAGAUACUCCGAAAGCUCCGACCAGCCCACUGUGACAAUGAUUGUGUCCUUUCAGGCGGCGAUACAGAGGAGAUGGCGGCUCUUCGGCACCAGCCGACUAGCCCGACUGAUCGCCAAGACCGCCCGGCCCGCGCAGUGCGACACCUGUUGGGAUUAUCACUCCCGCUACGCCUGCGACCGAAAACAAGCCUGCCGACGAUGCGGCGGAAAGACCAUCGCGAUAACGACUGCAAGCAGCCGGAGAGACCUAGGCGCUCACGGCCAACUCGUGCGGCUCUCCAAGAUCGAGAAGUACGCCGUAAGGAAGAUCGGCUCUCAGCUAUACCGGCAAGCCAAUAUGGAGCUCGAACGGGCCACGCAACAGGACCAGCAGCAGCAACAGCAGCAGCAACAGCAGCAGCAAUGUCGACCCCAGCGGCUGUCCCCCACCAGCGCGCAGGCGCCAGACUCCACAACGCUCCCUCCACCACAGGAAGACAGAUCCGAGUCUCCUAUGAAGAGGCGCCGACGAAACGUAUCCUGGACCCCUAUGAACAAUAGGCCCCAACACUAA